CUAUAAAACUUCCCCCUUCUCCUUCUCUCAGUCACUCACUCAACACAUUACAUUACACAUAACACAUACAUAUUCUCUUUCUUCUGCACAAUGCUGCGAUCCUCUUCUAUCUUAUUAUAGAAAAAAGAUAAGAGGAGUAUUGCUUUUUGGCUGAAACAGAGAUCUAUUUUUGUUCUGUUUUGAGCCAAAGAAAAAAGAAAAAAAAUGACAGAGGUUUCUACAAAUGCUCUGUUACAAGACUCAUUUCAGGGUACAGCAGUAGAUAUAGCAGGGCAAAUUGGGUUAAUGUGGGAAUUUAUUAGAGCCCCAUUGAUAGUUCCAUUAUUGAGAGUUGCUAUGUACAUAUGUUUAGCUAUGGAACUUAUGCUUUUCAUUGAAAGGCUUUAUAUGGGUAUAGUUAUUAUUCUUGUUAAACUCUUUAUGAAAAAACCAGAAAAAAGGUAUAAUUGGGAACCAAUGCGAGAGGAUUUGGAGAGUGGGAAUGCAAGUUUUCCUAUGGUUCUUGUUCAAAUCCCCAUGUUCAAUGAAAGAGAGGUUUACAAGAUCUCCAUAGGAGCUGCAUGUAACCUUUCAUGGCCAUCUGAUAGACUUGUGAUUCAAGUUCUUGAUGAUUCUACUGAUCCUCUCAUUAAGGAUUUGGUUGAGAAAGAAUGCUUAAGGUGGGCAAGCAAGGGGAUUAACAUUAGAUACCAAAUUAGAGAAAACAGGGGAGGCUACAAAGCUGGAGCUCUUAAAGAAGGAUUAAAACGUGAUUAUGUUAAAGAUUGCGAAUACGUCGUCAUUUUCGAUGCUGAUUUCCGGCCUGAACCGGAUUUUCUACGGCGAGCUAUUCCAUUUCUUGUACAUAACUCGGAAAUUGCACUUGUCCAAGGUCGUUGGCGUUUUGUGAAUGCAAAUGAGUGCUUAUUGACGAGAAUGCAAGAGAUGUCACUAGAUUACCAUUUCACGGUGGAGCAAGAAGUGGGUUCAUCUACUCAUGCAUUCUUUGGGUUCAAUGGAACUGGAGGAGUAUGGAGAAUAGCAGCCAUUAAUGAAGCUGGUGGCUGGAAAGACAGAACAACUGUAGAGGAUAUGGACCUUGCAGUUAGAGCUAGUCUUAAAGGCUGGAAGUUUCUUUAUCUUGGUGAUCUCCAGGUGAAAAGUGAACUUCCCAGUACAUUCAAAGCCUUCCGUUUUCAGCAGCAUCGUUGGUCUUGUGGCCCUGCCAAUUUGUUCAGAAAAAUGGUGAUGGAGAUUGUUAGGAACAAGAGAGUGAAUAUUUGGAAGAAGCUUUACGUGAUCUACAGCUUCUUCUUCGUCCGAAAGAUUAUUGCUCACAUGGUUACAUUUUUCUUCUUUUGUGUUGUUCUUCCGUUGAGCCUCCUAGUUCCCGAAGUUGAAGUCCCUAUAUGGGGUGCCAUCUACAUCCCCUGCAUUAUCACCACUUUGAAUUCUGUUGGAACUCCAAGGUCAAUUCAUCUACUCUUCUACUGGAUUCUCUUCGAGAACGUGAUGGCUUUCCAACGAACCAAGGCUACAUUUAUUGGCUUGCUAGAAGCAAAGAGGGCUAACGAAUGGGUUGUCACAGAGAAAUUAGGUGACGCUCUCAAGAACAAAGAGAAAACAAAACAAAGCAAGAAACCCCGAGGAUCUCUAUUUGGAGACAGGAUUCUUCCACAAGAAUUGGGAUUUGCAGUUUUCCUUUUCUUCUGCGGAUGUUAUGAUGUCCUCUAUGGGAAAAGCCAGUACUUCCUUUACAUCUUCCUCCAAGUCAUUACUUUUACAAUUGCUGGAUUUGGCUACAUUGGCACCAUAGUCCCAUCAUAAUAGCAGAAACUUCCGAAAAGUUUUCUUGUAUUGCCUCUUCUACACAGAAAUAUAUUUUUGAGUGCUUUCCUGCAACAAUUUUCGGAGAAUUUUCCUAGAGAUAAAAUGCUGGUAAAAAAGAAUGAAAAAGCCAAGUGAUGUUUUUAUUUGCACAGAACACAGAAGAAGCAGAUAAAGCAGAUGCGUUAGUGGAAUUAGAUAGGUUGUAUUUUUCUUCUUUUGAAGUUUUUAAGUUGUGAGAUAUUGUAAUUCUUUAGCUUGUAUUUUUUUUUUCUUGUUGUUCCCUUUGUCUUUGGCUUUCAAGAGGGGACAUAAGUUCAGGAUAUUGAGAAAAGGGUCAAACUUGUAAUCAAGUUUUUGUCAUUCUAGUUUCAAUUCUUUUCUUUUGAUGAUCAUUGUAUCAUGAAGACUCCACAAAUAUGUAUAUAACAGGAGCUAGUGGUUUUGAAAUAUUUGACAGCUUCAGUAA